CGUGGUCGACGGAUGCGGAACAGUGAUAAGGAUGACGAAACGGGACGAGAAUAAAUGAUAGCGUAUAUAUAUACGGUCGCGGUUGUACGAGAAAUCGUACGACGUUUUAACGUGGCCGUGAAACCCGGGACACUACUGUGAAUCUAAAAAGUGUUCGUUUUGCAUUGCAAAUGAAAGAACGUUUCUUUAAAACGUAAUUGUACAACGAACCUGUGCGACAGUACGAUGGUGUUAUCGACGGUUCUAUUCUAUAUCCAACAAAUAUAAUUGACGGUGCUGACCGGUUUGACGAUAGAAAAUUGUAUAUACACGCCGUACUCAGGAAAUAUGGUUAUGAAAUAGAAAAAUGACUGGAAAUGAUUUCGCUGGGAAGAGGUGAGUGGUGUUCGUGGUGAAUCGUAAAUUCAAUUGACGUACAACGCGAUGGUGCUAGUCGUUGAGAAACGUGUUUCAGAUUAUCGUUCGAUUUACAAUCUAUGAAUCAGUCACGCUGGCGACAAAAAUCAUCGUAGAAACUUCAUGAUCACGGAUAGCAACUGUCUCGUAUCUCGUCGUUCAAUGGUAUUCAAAAAUCUGUCACUCUAAAUCUUCCAUGAGGUUCUCGUACGAUGAUUUGGCAGAAGAUAAGCGAGAAACGUUUGCAAAGGAGACAAAAUUAAUUGGUAAGACGAAUUGCCCGUUUCUGGCUUCUCUUCGGACGUGGUCGGGUCCAGUGAUUCGACAGAUUUCCAAAUUCUAAAAAGAAGAUUCUCGUCGCCGUUGAUACGACACGAUCGCCGAUCAGUCAGCGCCUUGACCAAAGGAUCGUCGAUUUCUAAACUUCGAAUAUCGUGGAAUCGAUAAUUAAAAGAGUCGGAAAUUUCUAGAUUUGAAUUUUUAAUUUCUCUUCACGGAAAGAUCGAUGAUUUCUAGAUUCUCCUUGAAUUUACACAGAGCGUUCCAACAGAGAAUUCAAAGAUCCAUGCAGCACCUUUGAACAUCGCAGAAUCAGUGUUUAAUCGGAAAUUUCUAUCACCCUCAUUGAGCUUUGUGAGAUUCGGCGCUUUAACGAAAGGAUCGAUGCUUUCUAGAGCCUCUUUGACUUUUUCUGGGGUGAUACGGCGUUUCAACAGAGCCGCCGAAGAUUUCUGCGGCCUCUUUGAAUAUCGUGGAAACCACUGCUUAGACAGAGGAACCGACGGUUUCUAGAGAUUCUGUUCGAACGCGGCAUGAAAUUCUUCUUUGUAUCGCGUCGGUGCAUUUGGCGAAGAAACUCUGAAUAGGAGAAGAAAAGAGACACGGGAGGGAAAUCGAGAUCGUUGAACGAAAUGCUCAUGACUGAAAAGGGUUCUCUGACGAAAGAAGGAACCAACGAGGAAUCGGACGAGCAUACGAUCGCCACCGACAACAACACAGUGCCAUUGGACGAGUUAUUGGUGAACUCGACGGUUCCUACGACCGCGGUUGCAAUAAAAGUGUGCGAUGACUCCGCGGACGAGGCCGGAAGAGGCAACAACGAGAAGCAGAAACGCGGCAUUCUCAGCAACUUUCAGAGAAGGACAUUCAGCAGGAUCAGCUUCAAGGGAGAGACCGGCCCUUUACUGAGCAGAUACCGGCAAACAAGAUUCAGCUCGCGACGGAUACGCAAAAGAGUGGUUUUCAAGCACGGCGAUUGCAAUGUCGUACAAGGAAAUGUCGCCAAGAGACGGCGCCGUUACCUUCAGGAUAUUUUCACGACGCUGGUGGACGCACAAUGGCGUUGGACUCUGUUGGUGUUCUCCAUGAACUUCCUACUGUCAUGGCUCGGUUUCGCCCUGAUAUGGUGGCUGAUAGCGUACAGCCACGGCGACCUCGACCUAGAAAAUCAGAACAAUCCAAACAUAACGUUCACCCCGUGCAUCAGGGAGAUUCGUGGAUUCACCAGUUCCUUUCUAUUUUCCAUCGAGACGCAGCACACGAUCGGGUACGGGUCGAAACACCCAACAGACGAGUGUCCAGAGGCAGUAUUCGUGAUAUGCAUCCAGUCAAUGACAGGUGUGAUCCUGCAGGCCUUCAUGGUCGGCAUAGUUUUCGCGAAACUGUCCCGGCCAAAGAAGAGAACGCAGACGUUGCUGUUUUCAAGGAACGCUGUGAUCUGUCAGAGGGAUGGACAACCCUGUUUGAUGUUCCGUGUCGGUGACAUGAGGAAGAGUCACAUCAUCGAGGCUCACGUCAGAGCCCAGAUGAUCAAAAGGAAGGUUACCAGAGAAGGAGAACUGCUGCCGUUCUUCCAAACAGAAUUGAAAGUGGGCGGCGAUGGCGAGGAGGACAAGAUAUUCUUUAUUUGGCCAACGACGAUCGUUCAUAAGAUCGACGAAAAGUCGCCUCUUUAUCAUAUAUCAGCCAGCGAUAUGCUCAGGGAACGAUUCGAGAUUAUCGUCAUGUUGGAAGGUGUCAUCGAAUCAACUGGCAUGACGACUCAAGCCAGAAGCUCGUACCUGCCGUCUGAAAUUUUAUGGGGACACAGAUUUGAACACAUAAUCACGUUCAAAAAGGAGACUGGGGAAUACGAAGUGAACUAUUCCUUGUUCAACAAUACCUACGAGGUUGACACGCCAUUAUGUUCAGCGGCUGAUUUGGACAAACUUAGGACGAUGCAACGAUCGAAAGGAGGUAUUUCAGAACGUGCGAGCAACAUUGGAUUCGCUCAUUAUCGCGAUGCGUCGAGCAGUUCUUUGACCACCGGAUCCGGUUCCAGCUUAGCGUCGUCAACAGGCGGAUUGCACAUGAACGUGCCGAUGACGCUCACUCCGAUUCCAGUUAUGAUCACCGGCCCUGACGGUUCUCUUAGACGCGAGAGCAUGCAAAGCGCGCAAACUGACUUGAAGCAGUCCAUAUUUUACACGCACAACGAGUUCCUGGACAGUGAUCCGCACGUUUUAAAUCAUUAUUCCCACGAGGAAUUAAGAAACCAAGAGGAUUAUGAUCGUGUAUUGGAAGACAUAAACGCGACCUUAAGGAAAAAUCGGGCACCGAGUAAGGAAGACAGAAGAAUACACAGAGAACCGUCCAAGUGUACCUUAGACUCUAGGAAAAGCGAGUCGAGAGACACGAUAAAGAGAUCCAGUUCUAGGACGACGAUGGAUCAAGUUCCAAUUACCAGCUCCCUAUCGAAAUCACCAUCGCGACAGCAUUUAGAUCCCAGACAUACCAAGUUCGCGGAAUCCUCGGAAGCGUAUCGCGAACCUUCGCCUCAUCCUCUCACCUCCUCGAGGUCCAGCCUGGGAGAGAAUCACAAGGGCCCGCAGAAAAAGACCAGCUUCAUCUUAGGCGACGUCGAACAACACGUGAUAGAUAUGGAGCCUAUGAAGGAGUUUCCCGCUCGGAACGCGUUGGAGGGCGAUUCAUCGAAAACGAAUCAUCUUCCUAGGCACGCUGUUUUCUAUCAGGAACAAGUGUAGGGACGAGGUAUGGUGGGAUUCCGCGAACGGAAGGGCGGUGUGAAUGCCGGUGGAAAGUGAGAGGAAACGAAGAAACGAUGGCAGAAAACGGAACUUUGCUCUUCAACGGCCGUCAGUCAUCGUCGCGUGGACACUUCCAGCGACUUCAUUCAUCCUGGACACGGGACGAAAAAACUCGUCGCCGUUCCUGAUUCCAAUUUAACUUGGUACAAGGAACUUAAGAAGAGAGGGAGCGAUAAAAGACAAA